CACAAAAUCCGCAGCGAGUCGCAGCAGAGCUUCGAUAAUCCCAGGGCUGCUAGAGUCACAAGAACACUAGGAUUUUUGCAAGCCGGCAAUUCGUAACCAGGGCUGCAUUGCUGCUCAAAUUGCAAUCAGGGGUUGCAAAGAACGAUGUUCAUCAGUCCACAAAGACGGCGCCGCCGCCAGCAGUCGCUGCUCUCGCCGGACAUCUCGCCUCAGCCCUCGCCGCUCGCGCAUGCCGCCGCCGCCGCGUCGAAGGCGCGGUCGGCGCUCGCACCGACACAGACGAGCAAUGAUGAUGCGGCGAGCGUGGACAAGCGGCAGCCCGACGCGUUCAAGGCGUUUCUGGACGUCGCCGCGGACCUGCCCGAGGCGGCGCCGCCCGUGAGCAAGCCGCAGACGCGCGGCGAGCUGAAGCGGUUCCAGCGCGCGCGGUUGGCCUGGGAGGCGGCGCGGCCGGACCGUGAGGCCGCGCGUUUGAGACGGGAAGAAAUAAAAAAGGAAACCGAGGCGGUCGCGCGGAAGUUGGUGGAGGCGCGCAAAGAACUGGAAAGGACGAUCGCCGAGACGCCGGAGCCGCCGCCGUCCGUCGACGAAGUAUAUGCGCAAGUACAAGCGCGGCGGCAGGCGGCCGAGGCGGCGGUCGAGGCGUCGAGCACGAAGGCGCCAGCGCCGGCGCCAGCUCCGAAGCCGGCGGCCUUCGGGUUCGGCAGUCCCGCGGCCGCACCGGCGCCCGCUGCGGCAAAGUCGAGCUACCCGCCGAUGCCGUCCAAACCACCGAGCAAGCUCCCCUUCGGAUCUCCGGCCGCCGCGAAGCCGGCGCCGAGCGGCUACCCGCCCAUGCCGUCGAAAGCGCCCAGCAAGCUGCCGUUCGGCGCGCCCGCGCCCGCGCCGGCCGCGAAGCCAGCCACAUUCGGCUUCGCGCCGGCGGCGGCCCCGGCGCCCGCGAAGCCGACCUUCGGUUUCGCCCCCGCGGCGGCGCCCAAGCCGGCCCCGGCGGCAUUCGGCGGCUUCGGCUCGCCCGGCGCGGCGCCGACCUUCGGCUCGGCCUCAAAGCUCGGCACGGCGCCCACGUUCGGCUCGCCGGCGGCGCUCGGGUCAACGCCGGCCUUCGGCUCGCCGUCGGCGCUCGGCGCCGCGCCCACGUUCGGCUCCGCCUCGAAGCUCGGCACCACGCCUACGUUCGGCGCGAAGACCCCAGAAAAGGAGGACCACCGCGCGAAACUCGUGGAGUUUUACCAGAAGCACAACCCCGGGAAAUUAGAUACGGUCGACGCGACGCUCAAGAAGUACGCCGGCCGCGAGCACGAGCUCUGGGCGCAGCUCAAGAAAAAAUAUCAGGAACAAGCGCCGGAAGCGGAAGGCACCGGGCCGCGCUGCUUCUUGGAGCUCGAGAAGGACGGGGAAAAAUUAGGACGGUUGGUCAUACAAUUGUUCGCCGACAAGGUCCCAAAAACGGCCGAGAAUUUUCGGAUGUUGUGUACCGGCGAGGGCGGCUAUUCCCAGGCCACCUUCGCCAAGACUAAAAGGUGCUACGCGUCAACAACGUUCCACCGCGUCAUUUCCGACUUCAUGGCCCAGGGCGGCGACUUUACGAGGGGCGACGGCACGGGCGGCGAGUGUUGGCAGGGCGGCAAGUUCGCUGACGAAGCUUGUAAGAUGCGCCAUGAUCGACGAGGUUUGCUGAGCAUGGCCAACAGCGGGCCGAACACGAACGGGUCGCAGUUUUUUAUUUUGUUGGCGGCCGCGCGGCACCUCGACGGCAAGCACGUGGUCUUCGGGGAGGUCGUCGAGGGUCUGGAAUUACUGAAUGCGUUCGAGGCAGGCACGCCGCCUGCUAAACCGGUGAAGAUUACGGCGUGCGGCGUCGCGGAGGCCGCGGCUCCCGCGAAGUCGAGCUACCCGCCGAUGCCCACGAAGGCGCCGAGCAAAUUACCCUUCGGCGCGCCGGCGCCCGCCGCUGCUGCGAAAUCGGCGUACCCGCCCAUGCCGACGAAGGCGCCGAGCAAGCUGCCCUUCGGCUCGCCUGCCAAGGCGCCAGCGCCGGCCGCAAAGCCGGCGACCUUCGGCUUCGGCAGCCCAGCGGCCGCGCCGGCGCCGGCGCCGUCGUUCUCCUUUGGCGGCGCGGCGGCGGCGAAGCCCUCGUUCUCCUUCGCGGCGCCCGCGCCCGCGGCGGCCUCGUUUUCCUUCGGCGCGCCGGCGCCGGCCGCGGCCAAGCCGGCGUCGAGCGGCUACCCGCCCAUGCCGACCAAGGCGCCGAGCAAGCUACCCUUUGGGGCGCCGGCGCCGGCCGCGGCCAAGCCGGCGUCGAGCGGCUACCCGCCCAUGCCCACCAAGGCGCCGAGCAAGCUGCCCUUUGGGGCGCCCGCGCCGGCACCGGCGGCCGCCAAAGCCUCGGGCUAUCCGCCCAUGCCGACCAAGGCGCCGAGCAAGCUGCCCUUCGGGAGUGCGCCGGCGCCCGCCAAGGCCUCGGGCUAUCCGCCCAUGCCCACGAAAGCCCCCAGCAAGCUGCCCUUCGGCUCGCCCGCCAAGGCGCCCGCGCCGGCCGCCGCCGCGCCGGCGCCGGCACCGUCGUUCUCCUUCGGCGCCGCCGCCGCUGCCAAGCCGUCGUUCUCCUUCGCGGCGCCCGCGCCCGCCCCUUCCUUCGGCGGCGGCGGCGGCGUGGGCGGGUUCAGCUUCGGCGCGCCGGCGCCGGCCCCCGCCGGCGGCUUCAGCUUCGGGACACCGGCGACGCCGGCCGCCGCCCCGGCCCCGGCGCCCGCGCCGGCGGCGCCGGAGCCGUCCGCCGGCGACUCGGCGGAGGCGGCCAAGGCCCGGAGCGCCUUCGACGACGUCGACGCGGCCACGAGCGGUUCAUUACCGGUCGACCGCUUCGAGGACCUACUCGACGCCGUGGGCGAGGGCUUCCACGGCGACGAGCUCGAAGCCCAACGGGCCAAGGUCGACGACGGCUCUGGCAAAAUUACGAGAGAGGCCUUCGCGCGCUACUACGUGGCCCUGGUCGAGAACGCGGACGCCAGCGACGACAGUGGCGACGAGGAGGAGCGCGAGGAGGAACGCGGCAACGCGCGCGAGGCCUUUGACACCGUCGCGGACGGAAAAACGGAAGUGCCCUCGAGCAAGUUCCAGGCCCUCAUGGAGGCGCUCGGCACGACGUACUGCGAGGAGGAGCACCGGCGCACGCUGCGCAAGCUCGCGCCGGGCGGCACGGUCGCUCGCGACGCGUUUGUGGAGUGGUACGUGGACUGGGUCCUGGGCGACGGCGAUUCUGAUGAUGACGCCACGGCCACGGACGACGACGACGACCCCGCGGCGGAGUCGAAGGCCGCGGCGACGUGGGCGUCGCUGACCGCGGCGAAGGAGGGCUCCUGGAAGUGCGAGGUCUGCGACGUGCGCAACGACAAGGACGCAUCAAAGUGCGCGGCCUGCGAGACGCCGAACCCGGCCGCGCCCAAGGCCGCGGCCGGCGCGACGAGCGCUCCGAGCGCGCCCGGGAGCGUCGGGCCGGGCGGUUUUAGUUUUGGCAGCGGCAGCGUCGGCGCGGGAGGCUUCAGCUUUGGCGCGCCGGCGCCGGCGCCGGCUGGAAGCAUCGGUGCGGGCGGGUUUAGCUUCGGCGCGCCGGCUCCGGCCGCGGCGUCGCCGGCAGCCGGAGGGUUCAGCUUCGGGGCUCCCGCGCCCGCGCCCGCGGCGGCGCCCGCGCCCGCCGCCGGCUUCAGCUUCGGCUCGCCGGCAGUCGCGACCGCGGGCGGCGCGGACGGCUUUCGCUUCGGCGCGCCCGCCGACGAGGCGCCGAAGUCGCCCCAGGAGCAGUGGGACGCCGCGCCGCGCGCCGACCCGGACGCGCCGCCGCCGGAGCCGUCCGCCGGCGACUCGGCGGAGGCGGCCAAGGCCCGGAGCGCCUUUGAUGAGGUCGAUAGCAGCGGCGUUGUACCAGUUGACCGGUUUGAGGACCUACUCGACAGCGUGGGCGAGGGCUUCCACGGCGACGAGCUCGAGGCGCAGCGCGCCAAGGUCGACGACGGCUCCGGCCGCAUCACGCGCGAGGCCUUCGCGCGCUACUACGUCGCGCUCUGCGCGAACGUCGGUGAGGACGACUCCGACGACGACGCGGAGGAGCGCGAGGAGGAAAGCCAGAGCGCGCGCGAGGCCUUCGACACCGUUGCCGAUGGUGCGACGUCCGUGCCUUCAUCAAAAUUCCAGGCGCUCAUGGAGGCGCUCGGCACGACGUACUGCGAGGAGGAGCACCGGCGCACGCUGCGCAAGCUCGCGCCGGGCGGGACGGUCGCGCGCGACGCUUUUGUGGAGUGGUACGUGGACUGGGUGCUGGGCGACGGCGAUUCUGAUGAUGACGCCACGGCCACGGACGACGACGACGACCCCGCGGCGGAGUCGAAGGCCGCGGCGACGUGGGCGUCGCUGACCGCGGCGAAGGAGGGCUCCUGGAAGUGCGAGGUGUGCGACGUGCGCAACGACAAGGAUGCAUCAAAGUGCGCGGCCUGCGAGACGCCGAACCCGGCCGCGCCGCAAAAGGCCGCUGCCUCCGGCAACGCCGUGAGCGCGCCGGGCAGCGUCGGGCCGGGCGGUUUUAGUUUUGGCGGCGGCAGCGUCGGCGUGGGCGGCUUCAGUUUCGGCGCGCCAGCCCCGGCGCCGGCGGGGAGCAUCGGCGCGGGCGGGUUCAGCUUCGGCGCGCCGGCGCCGGCACCGGCGGCGGGGAGCAUCGGCGCGGGCGGAUUCAGCUUUGGCACGCCGGCACCGGCGGCCGACGCGCCGGCGCCGGCGCCCGCCGCCGGGUUCAGCUUUGGCACGCCCGCGGCGGGUGCCCCGGCGCCCGCGGGCGGGUUCAGCUUCGGCGCGCCGGCGCCGGCCGCGGCGCCGGCGCCCGCCGCGCCAACCGCGGGCGGCUUCAGCUUUGGGGCGCCCAAGGCGUCGGAGGAGGCGCCCGCCGCGCCGAAGCUAUCCUUCGGCGCGCCCGCGCCGGCCGCGGCCAAGCCGGCGUCGAGCGGCUACCCGCCCAUGCCGACCAAGGCGCCGAGCAAACUACCCUUUGGGAGUGCGCCGGCGCCCGCCAAGGCCUCGGGCUAUCCGCCCAUGCCCACCAAGGCGCCGAGCAAGCUACCCUUUGGUGCGCCGGCGCCGGCACCAGCGCCCGCCAAGGCCUCGGGCUAUCCGCCGAUGCCCACCAAGGCGCCGAGCAAGCUACCCUUCGGUUCGCCCGCCAAGGCGCCCGCGCCAGCCGCCGCCGCGCCCGCGCCGGCACCAACGUUCUCCUUCGGCGGGGCGGCGGCGGCGAAGCCCUCGUUUUCCUUCGGAGGCGCGGCGCCCGCGCCCGCGGCGCCGGCCCCCGCGCCCGCGACGCCGUCGUUCUCCUUUGGCGGCGCGACAGCAUCUCCGUCGUUCUCCUUCGCGGCGCCCGCGCCGGCGCCGUCGGCCGCCGCGUCGGCGCCCGCGCCGUCCUUCUCCUUCGGCGGCGGCGGCGACAAGCCCUCGUUCUCCUUCGGCGGCGGCGCCGCGCCCUCCUUUUCCGGCUUCGCGGCGCCCGCGCCCGCGGCGGCGCCCGUGCGCGUCGGCGACGACGGCGCGCCGUCGAAGGGCUUCUCCUUCGGCGCCGCGGCCGUCAACCCGAACCGGCCCAAGGACCCGACCAAGUUCUCGCUCGCCGAGACGCCGUUCUCCUUCGGCGGCUCUACCGGCGGCUUCUCGCGGACGCCGCCCGGCGCCCACCGCGGCGACGACAACUCCGAGGACGACGACGACGACGACGAGUGCGACGCCACGGACCUGGAGGGCUCCGACGGCGAGGACUCGUGGGUCACGGACGCCGACGAGGAGGAGGACGGCGCCGACGCGGCGGCGAGCUUCUCGUUCAGCCCGCCGGCCAUCUCGCUGGGCGGGAGCCCCGCGGGGUCGAGCCCCGGCGGCUUCACCUUCGCCUCGGGCCAGGCGGCGGGUGGGUUUUCGUUCACGCCACCGCGGAUGCGCGCGGGCUCCGAGGAGGGCGAGGAGUCGCCGACCUUUUAACUUUAUUGUCAUAC